AGGGCUUGCUGACAGGAAGUGUGUGUCUGUGUGAGCAAACAUGUUCCGAAACAGCCUGAAGAUGCUGCUAGGAGGCAAGGGUCGCAAGAUAAACAGCAGUGGUGGCAGCAACAUCGAUUCGGAGGGCUUAGACGGCAGGACGAUGGAGGGGUUCACCCGUUCUCUCCCCUCCUCCCCCCUCCUCAACAUUCGCUUGGCCAAGAGAACUGAUGAGAGCGAGGAGUUAGGACCGCCCCCUUCUGUUGAUGAGGCAGCUGAUGCUUUGAUGACCAGGCUCGGCUUCCUUCUGGGGGACAAGGUCAUCAGUGGAGAGCAGGGUCCCCCUUACCAUGCCCAGGAUGAAGGACAGAGGAUCUCUCCUUCCUCCAGUCUGGCCAGCAGCAACACCUCCCCCUGCUCUACACUGCAUCCUCCUGCUGGGGGGGAGGGCAACAAUAACAGCAAACACAUAUCUUCCAACCAUGCCUCUGUCGCCUCCCCCACAUCAACACUGGAGAGCAGAGACAGUGGAAUCAUAGCCACAUUGACCAGCUAUUCUGCUAAUUCAGCUGCAGAGCGCGAGGACGGCGCUAAAUACCCCAGCAACUGUUACCAUGGCAGCAGCCUCAACCUCUGGCAGCAGGGAGGCCGGCCAGUGGUGAAUUCCACGUCUUCUUCAAGUGUGCUGGCAGUCGGUGGUACAAACGACUGCCUACUGUACAGAGCAGAUGACAACAUGUCCGCCUCUACAUACAGCCUGAAUCAAGGCCAGGCCUCUGCCCGCUCAUCCAGCUCCACCCACUCCGUCACACUUAACCUCAUUCCCCGACCAAAUUCAGUAGCUGCCACUAGUUCGGCCCACCUUGAAGAUUUAACUUAUCUAGAUGAGCAGCAAAGACACAUUCCUUCAAGGACGCCCCUAAGAAUGCCCAAACAGAAUUCUGGGAGUCGUAGUCAACAGGACCAAAGAGUUCGCUUCACUCCCACUCUGAACCUGAAGCCAUUCCAUUUUGAAGUACCUGGUCUGUCAUCUGAUUGGCUCUUCACUGGCAGGGAGUGGCUUUUCCAAGAAAUGGUUGCUUGCUUGUGCAGCGAUGACCCAGCGACCAGUAGGGGGGUAGUAAUUAUCGGCAACAUGGGUUUUGGAAAAACAGCCAUCAUCGCCCGUCUGGUGGCUUUGAGUUGUCAUGGAAACCACAUGUGGCCAAGCUCCGCCGGCAACCAGACCAUGCCAAAAUAUAUAGAGCCCGUUGCUAUCUCUCAUGAUUCCCCUGGAGGAAGAGGAGGAGGAGGAGAUGAAGGAGGAGGUAGCUGUCCGGGAACUCCAGAGAUGAGAAGGAGGCAGGAGGAGGCUCAGAGGAAGCUAGCUGGACAGGUGGUGUCAUAUCACUUCUGUCAAGCUGAUAACUGUUACACUUGUUUGGUUCCUGAGUUUGUCCACAACAUGGCGGCAAUGUUGAGUGACUCCCCUCAGCUGGCUGCAUUCCGAGAAUUACUACACCAGUCUCCACAGUUACAGAGCGUACUCAGUCUCCGUUCCUGCAUUCAGGAUCCAAACUUGGCACUCCAGAGGGGAAUUUUAGAUCCACUGUCGGCUCUCCACAGAGAGAGGAAGCUUCAUAUGGAGGGGGCAGGGCUUAUUGUUCUGAUAGAUGGGCUAAAUGAAGCAGAGUUUCACCGGCCGGAUUAUGGAGACACACUCACUUCCUUCCUGUCCAGAAAUAUCAACAAAUUUCCUUCCUGGUUGAAAGUCAUUGCCACUGUCAGGACCAGUCAGCAGGACAUUGUUCAUUCUCUUCCUUUUCACCGAAUCUAUAUUGAUAAAACAGAGGAGAACAGCACCAUAGACCAGGACCUACAGGGUUACCUGAUGCAGCGUAUCCACAGCAGUACAGAGAUCCAGAGCAAUGUGUCGCUGAGUAAUGGCCGUCUUGACAACACAGCACUGGCCAAGCUGAGCAGCCAUUUGAAGAGCUUGAGCAGAGGCUCGUAUCUCUACCUGAAAUUGACGCUUGACUUGAUAGAACGAGGAUACCUUGUCCUAAAAAGCUCUAGCUUCAAGGUGGUUCCUGUGAGUCUAGCAGAGGUGUACCUGCUACAGCUCAACAUGCGGUUUCCCACUCAGUCAUCAUUUCAAAGGGUUGUGCCUCUGCUAAACGUCUCUGUAGCAUCUCUGCACCCACUGACCGACCAGCAGCUUUUUGAGGUGGUGAAUGCCGGUUCCGUAAGUGGCGGUACAAUGCAGUGGGAAGAGUUUGCUCAGCGCCUGGAGCAGCUCUCCUCCUUCCUGAUUCGGCGAAGUGACGGCACCAGGAUGUUAAACCACGCCUCUUUCAGGGAGUGGCUGGUGUGGAGGGAUGAGGGGCAGGAUGAUAGGUUCCUCUGUGAUCCCAGGAGUGGCCACACUCUCCUGGCUUUUUGGCUCAGCAGGCAAGAAGGCAAGCUGAGCCGACAGCAGACACUGGAGCUGGGACAUCACAUCCUAAAAGCUCACAUCUAUAAAGGUCUGAGUAAGAAGCUUGGGGUUUCCUCCUCUGUCCUUCAGGGGCUGUGGUUGUCGUACAGCACAGCAAGUCUCAGCCCCGUUCUAUCAUCUCUGCGCAACAUCUACACCCCCAACAUCAAGGUGAGCAGGUUGCUGAUUUUGGGGGGAGCCAAUGUGGACCACCGCUGCGAUGUCCUCAAUAGUGCACCCCUGCUGUGUGUACAUGCCCACCUGGGCCAUGCUGAUGCUGUAGCGUUACUGCUUGACCACGGGGCUCAGGUACACGCUAAGUCCCAUGAUGGAUUGACUGCUCUGGGAUUUGCCUCUGCUGCUGGUCAUCUGGACAUUGCCACCAUGUUAAGCAACCACAGAGCCAAGGUUGGUCACGUAGACAGCUUGGGUCGGUCAGCACUGGUUCUCGCAGCCCAGCAGGGUCAUCUGGAGUUGCUGCACUUCCUAUUGAAGACCGCUGACUGGAGCUGCAUAUCCUGCUGCAGCCAGAGAGGGGCAAGCAAGAGCCAGGCAGUACAGCAGGCUCUUAUUGCAGCAGCUGGUAUGGGCCAGGUGGAGAUGGUUUCAUACUUAUUGGAUCUUCCAGAAGAAGAUGAGGAAGAGGAGCAAAGACCUGAGAUCAACAUAUUUGAUAAUCUGUGGGGAGAGACAGCGCUGACGGCGGCAGCAGGACGCGGUCGUCUGUCUGUUUGCAGGCUCCUUUUGGAUCAGAGCGCAGAUGUGGAGCAAAAAAACAGGCAGGGUAUCACUCCGCUCUUGGGCGCCGUGAGAAGGGGUCACUGGCAGGUGGUGGAGCUGUUGUUGAAUCAUGGGGCUGACAUGAACCGGGUUGACCAACAGGGUCGGACGGCUCUGAUGACGGCAGCUUCAGAGGGGCAUAUGGCCACUGCCCAGCUGCUGCUGGAUUAUGGGGCGUCUCUGAACCAGACUGACAGGGAAGGCUUAACAGCACUGAGCUGGGCAUGUCUAAAAGGCCAAUUCACGAUGGUCAAAGAGCUGGUGGAGAGAGGUACUGCCACAACUCACGCUGACCGCAGUGGAAGGACACCUCUGGAUCUGGCGGCCUUCUGUGGGGACCCAGAAAUGGUGCAGUAUCUAGUGGAUCAUGGUGCAUCUGUAGAGCAUGUGGACUGCAGCGGGAUGCGCCCUUUGGACCGAGCAGUUGGCUGCAGGAACACUUCAGCAGUCAUCGCUCUUCUUAAAAAGGGAGCUAAAAUAGGACCAGCAACAUGGGCCAUGGCAACUUCUAAGCCAGAUAUUUUAAUGGUUCUGCUGAGUAAAAUGAUCCAGGAAGGAGACAAACUCUACAAGCAAGGUAAAGUGCGGGAAGCUGCCCACUCCUAUCAGUCAGCUCUUCAGAAGUUUCCAGGAGAUGAGCUGAAGACCUUCAAACAGAUGAGAGUGUGCGUGCUGCUCAACCUAUCGCGCUGCCGCCGAAAGAUGAAUGACUUUAACCUUGCUGAGGAAUUCGCAACUAAGGCUCUGGAACUGAAAGCCAAAUCCUAUGAAGCUUUUUACGCCCGUGCUCGUGCCAAACGAAGCCGCAGAGAUUUUUAUGCAGCAUUGGAAGACCUGAUUGAGGCCAGCCGUUUGUGCCCGUCAAACCGAGAGAUCCAGCGUCUGCUGUCUCGGGUUAAAGAAGAGUGCCGGCAGGUUGCUCAACAGCAAGACUGCUCUACUUCAUCUCACAAUGUUUAUCAACAAAGUGUUCCCAUGUCUCAUAAUGAAGCCAGGUGCAGAGAUUCAGGUUGUCUACAGGUGCAGGACAGGGAGGGGCUUACAGAGGAAGAGGAGGAGGGGGAAAGGGAUGAAGAGUGGAGUUGCAGAGAAAGAGAGUCCUCCUCCCUGCAACCUUCACGAGCCGUUCAGUGUUUGGACACCCAUUGCCACUCAGGAGGGCCAUCACCCUCAUCCCUGUCCCCCACUCACAUGCAUCAUCACAUUUCCAGUCCCACCCACUCCACGGGCAUCUCUUCCCCUGGUCAUUCGGCUCCCUCAGCUAUACCCCCAUCCUAUCCUAAUUUUAGCCCUUCUUGUUCCCCGAUACAUCAUCAUCAACAAGCUUGUCCUGUGUUUGAAAACGUACAUACCGGGUCAGGAGGUGGUGAAUUUCACCUCCAGUCGCAGACUGCCUCGGUACUGCAACACUUUGAUCAGAAUCAGGGAGCGCAACAGAACUACUUUCUAUCCAAUCAGAGGUCCCUCCAGAAGCACAAUCCUGGCCAAGGCCAGUGGCUUCAACAAGCCAAAGUGCAGACUGUGAGAACCAGUCAGCCCAGUUCCACAGUCCAAUCCAGCAUUGCUUUGGGGAGUUCUGCCUACUCCCAGUUUGCACAUCUGCCCCAAGAACUAGCAGAGCUUGGAGAAGGCUUUUGCCCAAGCACUUUAGAUGUAAGCCCUGGUCCUGCUGCUCUUAGCUCUGGAGCAUCAUGUGCACUGGAUGAUGAUGAUGAUGAUGAUGAUGAUGACAACCUUAUUUGCCAGACAAGAACUACAUCUUCCUAUGGAAGAGGUUCAGGACUGGAGCGGGCAGGAUUAAAUCGCUUUGUCCAGUCCCGGCAGUUCAGUCGCAACCAGUCCAAAGCUGCUUACUACCCAAUGGAAGUUACAGAAGCAGAAGGGGGGCCUUCUGAAAGGCUUCCAUUAUCACACGAUCAUCAGUACCACAACCAGGGUGGGGUUCACUGCCCUCUCAGUGCCCACCCAACAUCGUCCUCGGCUCCACCACCCAGACCUCUCAUUCACUCCCAGAGUGUUAGUGUUCGCUUCUCUUCCAGCAGUGGCAGUCUCACAAGUGGACAGUCCCCUGUUCAUGGUUCAGGCUUCAGGACUUCCGCGUCUGCCCUGCAUAUCGAUCUACCUUCAGAUUCUGUUGGUGGUGGAACUGGUUAUCAUGACGAUCUUUUUCCAAUUUCCCACCCGCAGUCAGAGCUUUCUAUUGCUGGGGGGACUUAUCCUGGAGAGGCAGGACGCUCAUCUAGGACCACUCCAUUUAUGGGUAUAAUUGAUAAGACUGUGCGUGUGCACCAGCAGUAUCAGCAACAAGUUCCAUCAAGUUUACCAUCCUCCCUCAGCCCCUCGCGCUCCUGGGCUGUGUCUUCAGUGGACACAGUAGUCACCUCACCCAGCAAAGUCCCUGCCAACCAUGGAGGCAUCGCUCCCCACCAGCCUUCGUCUAUUGCUUACUACAACCGUAGCAAUAAUAAUGCCCACAAUGGUCACCUUCUCCAUGACAACCAACCAGACUUUUAUGAGGUGGUUGCAGGCAGUGAUCAGAAGGGUGAGGGCGUAGCACAGUUUGCUUGUCAGAAUCCUUCCUACAUGGAUGUGAGGAUGGCCCGAGCACUCCCAGUUCUCCAUAGCAGCUCGGACAGACCGACUGAGAGGAGAACGGGUCCUGCCUCUCCUGUCAAACCAAAAAGGCCCUUUGUCGAGUCAAACGUGUAGAGACAACUAAAAAGAUAACUUAAAGUAGAUAAAAGGAGGUUAUGUAACACUUUUUUCCAAAAUGUAUUGGGACUGUGGAAUUCAUGCACUGCUUGAUACAAAUGAGGUUUCCACCUUAUUGGACAGGCAAGUCAUAGUUCUAAUGGGUGUAACUGCACACUCUCUGUUUGUGAAGGUGGCUGCACUUGAUUUAUGUUGUUGUAUGUAUUCAGCAGUACCCACGGAGAUUCAAAACUAGUUGUUUCAGAGAAAAUAAUAUCAGAAUAUAAGGUAAUUUGCUGCUCCAAGGUUUUUG